AUUUAAUUAAAGUUUAGACACUUUAAUUACAUAAGUAAGAAAAAGUUUAACGCAAAAACAUGGAUUUUUGGCGUAUUAUCUUGACUUUUAAGCUCUUAUUAGUGCUUACGUCGUGUUUACCUUUACCCCCUUCUGAGGAAAAUUGUAUCAGGAGUGUUGGUCAAAUCAACUGUGUUAUUCCCGAAGGACUGAUUUGGUCCUGUGUAAAACCUAAUUUAAUUCUUGUGAAAGGGAGCACGACAAAUUUGGAGGACGAUAGAUCUUCGGCACUUUCAAGUCAUGGUUCGCAACAAUUAUUGGUUAAUUGUACGGCCCCAUUUCCAAUCGAUGUUCGAGUAUCAGGCUUCCAGGUACAUGACUUGACACGAGCACUUUUCGUUCGCAAUGCAGAGAACGUGUUUAACGAGGCAACCUUCGUGUAUUCUGUGGGGUUGCGGUAUGACCGUCAACCGUUUUCUAGAGUGCGUACCAUCUCCGUUGUCAAGUUGAGGGAUGCAACAGUGACAUUUUCCGUCUUUCAUUUGGGAAUGAACGAAAGCAGUGAAAGUACAAGACGCGAGUACAGACUGGAACAGAGUCCAAAAACCACGAUUAUUCCAUGCAUUUCUCCAGAUCCAACAAAUCCUCCCAAACUCGUUCAUGUCACUGGGAACGAGUCACAAACGGUGAAUGGCACGGAAUAUGACGAUACACAAGGCUUCCUUGUGAAAAAUGAAAAUGGUUUGACGCAAACUUUUACAGAGGAAAUUUAUGAUUGUUAUCUCAAUGGACGAAAUGACAAAAUGACUUCAAUUAAUACCACUGACAACAUCAAUGCUAAUCUGCGUUUCAAGUUAUUUCCCAGAAAAGAGCUUCAAGUCUACCCAGAAUUUCAACGGGUUAUACUUUUUCAAAAGGACGAACUUAGCCUUAUCUGCAGAUCUAAUAAAAAAGUGCAACUAGUGGGAGUAUUUCGAGGAGAAAGUGUUAAAGCAAAAACGACCAUUGAAUUUGACGAGUUCACAUCAACAUUGAACCAAAAAUUUGUUCAAGUUGGGGACAAAGGCAAUGUUUCGUGUGUUGACGAAGAAACCAAAACGGUCCUCUUUUCGUGGACUAUUCAGAUAUUGGAUAUUGAGGAUAACAAUGAGCUGAUGUUAAAAAAAAUAUCCGAGGAUUUAGUUUCAUGCGUUUCGUCCCCGGAGAACCAGCCAGCUAAACUUCGGACUGUAUUUUGCCAAGGGGAAACCAAUUGUGAAGCAAGUAAAUGGUGUUUAGAACCGGGAAUGACAUGUCCCGGAAUGGUGGGAACGCCAUGCGAAGACGGAAGUUGUCUCCAAAUGAACACAAGCAAUCCAAUUCUCUCCCAAGGAAUGAUUCAUUGUCAAUCUGGGAAUUAUACAUAUACCACAAACUUUUUCCGAGGAUUUGAUGGCAUAUUAUAUUUGGACUGGAAAACUGCACCACUAAAUGCACUCGUUGAAGUUUUUGUACCACCGAAAAAUAUAACUAUGUAUCCCCAUAAUUCGUAUCCGUUUGGUUGUAGGGCAGCCCCAUUUAUUUCAGAUGGCUUGAUCCAAUGGGUCAUCAGAGGAAAGGAUGGUUCUGAAAUUUUGCUGCACAAAAAACGAGUGCAAAAUAUAGGUCCAACUUAUAGUCUGGAUGCAAAUCUCUACACCGUGAGAGAAAGUAACAUCCGAUUAAUUUAUCCCAACGAUUACGACGUCUUGUGCAUGGUUCCGUUGUGGAAUGCCACAGGCUCACUUCGAUACCACAAAAGGAUCAAUGUUGCGGCACAUGUAGCACCGGUGAAAGAAAUUUUAAUUGCGUCAGCGUGUAUCAUAAUUCUGUUGAUUAUCCCAUUGGUCAUCGUGAUUUUGAGACUGAGAAAGGCCAGAGCUGCCAUCAGAAAUCUGACAGAACAGGAAGUGGAACAAUUUCUUAAAGGAGAUCCAUCUACACUUAACUCCAAGGAUAAGGAUGCACAUGAGAAAAUCACAGCCACGCCGUACAAUCAAGAUUUUGAGAUUCCAAGGCACAAACUUCUCAUUGAUAAUGAGAACAAAUUAGGAGAGGGAGCCUUCGGGUUGGUCUUGAAAGGGAAAGUUGAAGGCAUGUCAGACGUGGUGGCAGUAAAGACUAUGAAACCACGAUGCGAAGUGGACCAGUUUAAAGGAUUUAUGUCUGAACUUAAGAUAAUGAUGUACAUUGGGAGGCAUCCAAACGUAGUUGCGCUUGUGGGUGCUCACACGGACAAAAUCAAAGAGAAAAUUAUGCACAUUGUCGUGGAAUACUGCGCAAAUGGAAGUUUAGAUAAGUUGCUUCUUGCCAACAAGAACAGAUUUAUAAAUCAAGUUGAGGAUGGGAACCGAAUAAAUAUAAACAUUACACCAACCUCUGGAACUGCAUUAUAUAAUAAUGUUGCACAAUGCAAUGACUCGGGAGAGAAAUUGGAAAAUAACCAAAAUUAUUCCACUGAUCCAUUGAGGACUGUAGAUUUGUUUCGUUGGGCGUACCAAAUUGCUUCUGGGAUGAAUUUUUUGGCAACGAAAAAAGUAGUACAUGCCGAUUUGGCAGCCCGGAAUGUCUUAAUUCAUGACAAUGGGACGGCAAAAAUCACAGAUUUCGGACUGUCACGACAAUUGAUGAAUUACACACAAUAUGUCAAGAAACAUCAGGAACCCUUGCCGUGGGGGUGGAUGGCCGAAGAAAGCCUUCGAUACUUGUCAUUCUCUACUCAGUCGGACAUUUGGGCCUUUGGAGUGACGCUAUGGGAAAUGUUUUCUCUUGGCGAUAUUCCGUAUCCUGGGCUAACUUGGACCAUCGCAUUUGUGGAUGACUUGUCAACUGGACUAAGGAUGACGAAACCUAAUUACGCUCCAACGUUCACCUAUGAUAUGAUGCUCAACUGUUGGCAUCAUAAACCAGAGUCGAGACCAUCAUUUGAGCAACUUGCAACCCAGUUUAAAGGCAUUUUGGAGGCACUGGAUAUUCAUGUUGAGGAGGUGAUAUCUUCAUCUCCACCAGUACAGCAGCAAGACAACAAUGCACGAGUGAUUACUAAUAGCAUUUCUACGAAUAAAAGGAGCACGGUUGGCAAUCUUUAUGCAAAUCAAAACUGACAGCACUUGAAAAUUGCACUUUGUAAUUUUUCCACAAAUAAAUUUAAUAAUUUAUCCUUAUGUGUA